CCCACUCAGUCUCUCCCUGUUCAUUUCACUUAUUAAAUGUCUCUUCUUACAACCAUUUUCUGCUUACUCUCAAUAUCCACUACUUCCAAGGCAUUUUUGAAAGACUACAAGUCCAUAGACAUAUGCAGUUUAUUUAAUUCCCGAAAGGUCUACGUCGAAUAUGGCACCUCAGGGGAUUUAUUGGCCAAUUAUACGAAUCACGGAGCUACUGACAGUACAAAACAAUGCAGUAUAGCACUGAUAACAUGCCCUUCAUGCGUCAUACAUCUAAAGUUCAAAUACUUGAAUGUGUCGAGGGCGUGCGGCAAGUCUACAACACUUGUCGCACGCUGCCAAUGCGAGUAUGUUCAACUGCACGAACCCCCCUUUGAUGACGUCUCCUCGGAACAGUUCUGUGGCAAGUUUGUCCAGAACAAUGUGACCCAGUUGAGUUAUUAUUCGAAAACUCGGUUUGUUACUGUGGAUUUUGCGUUCUUGGGGGACUACGGUCACGGGUUUACUUUGGAGUUUUUUGCUAAACGUAACCAAAUAGUCUUUGAUGGUUAUCCUACCGUGAGGAAACUGAAUUAUGCUAAUCAAACUUUAACUACUCCAUACUUUCCUGGUGUGUAUCCCUCUGAUCUGAGCGCAGAAUACGUUAUAGACUGCCAUUCUGAGCAACCGUGUCAAAUCAGUUUGAUUUUUACCGACUUUUUAAUAGCCGACUCCACUAUCUUGGAGUUUUUUGACUGGAACGGACAACGUCUCUACGUCAUUUCUGGAAACAUCUUCCGACCCCCGAUCAUUAAAACUUCCGGUCCCAGGUUGAUCCUCAAAUUUUAUGCAAACGGUGACUCCAAUUUGGGUUUUAAAGCCAUUUACUCGUUCACGUUUGCAGAUGAUUCUGAUGACACUAUACCCAAUAUAGAUUGUGGAGGUCAAGUGAAUAAUUUGGGAGGUGGUAUCGCCAUGAUGGAAAUGGUGACCGAAGGAAUCAGGUUUUACGAUUGUAUUUGGAUAGUGAAGACCCCCUGUAACUUUUUGCAUAGGAAGACGCAUUUGUACGUUAAAGUGGUGAAUUUUACCGAUUUUGCUGGUAGAACGGACCUGAUCCUUCGCCAAGGAAUAACCUCCCAAGACCCCGUAGUGGAAACCUUGAAAUACCCAGUAAGUCACUUGAACACCAUCAAAACCCAAGAGCACGUCACCCUUAUUCAAGAAGGCUUCUACAUAACCUUGAAGGGCCUUUUCAAGCCUCAAUCCAAGGUUAUCAUUGUCUAUACAGCCUUCAAUUAUAAAGAUUGUUUCUCUGGUCUGGACUUUCUGUGCCAAAACGGUCGGUGCAUUUCGGCCCUUUUAAAUUGCGACGGUUUCGACAAUUGCGGCGAUAACAGCGACGAACCGGACGAGUGUUCUCAAGAUCCGAAAGAUCAUCGGGAAUUUUCUAAAGUUCCAAACUUCUUGUUCCCGAAGACGACUCCUUAUGCCGACCUGACCGCUGCCACGUUCAUCUUCCUGCUGUGCACUUUUGGUUUAGUAGGGAUCAUAUUUGCCAUGGCUCUGCUACUUUAUAGAGUGAACGUCAGGGCGAGACACCAGAGGCAAAUUCAGGACCAUAUUGACACCAUCCAUGCCAUUUUAGAGGAAGGCGUAAGCGACAUGGAGGAAGAGAUAAUUAUCCCAGAUGAGCCUCCGGACUAUGAACCCCCACCUGAAUACUCUGACGUACUCAGAUGCUUGAAACGGAUGACUUACUGCGGAAAAAGAUCCAACAAACAAAUGAAAGUUUCGAUUAGUAAUGACCAAGCGUUGGCGGGAACUAGUCGUAGCUGUCAGACGUCACCUGUCAGAAUGCCAGAGUCGCCGCCCCCCGCUUACGACUCGUCCAAUGGUGGAGAGUCGAGCAAAGCGGUUGAGUCGUUUUCGUUUGACGUUAAUGACAAUGACCUUGAGGGAAAAAUUUCCUGCUUUCCCACGAAAAUGUUCAUCGAAUUAGGUACGUCAUUAAGAGAAAACAUCAGAAAAUGUAUUUUCACCAAAAAUGCGAUGGUGAAAAGGGCGAGUUUUGCAGACGAUAGUGCGGCAAUAAAGUACUACUCUGAUUCUGAACUGAAUUUGAGUCGACGUGACGUAAGGAGGAUUAAGAAAAGGAGUUUUUCUACGAACGAUUUGUUAGGGCAUAAGUUGUGAAUAAAUUAGUAAAUGUUCA